UAUGAGAAAACUGACAAUUCAAAUUGUAAAUCUCUCUCUCUUAUUGUUGGUGAUGACAUUGACUGAAUGUGUGUCGCUCUCACCAUACUUGUUCUCGAACUCUUGAUUUUCAGUUAAGGUUAUGAUGCGGAAGUCUCCUAGUUCCAGACGCGAAAAUGGCGAUGGCCAAAAUCGAUAUAUAUAUAUUUAUUAUAUGAACACCAAUGAAAUACCAGGUGAGCUUUCGCGCGAAAACAUGAUAUCUUCACACAUGAAAAUAACAUGUUAUAUAUCACCGUUGCUAUGGCUACAUAAUAAAUCUCGCCUUUCGCAGGAUAAAACUGUUUCAGUGAAAUGGUUUGGUAUUUCAUUGGUGUUUAUGUGAUAAAUAGAACAUUACAUGGCCACUUGGAGAUACGAAAAUUUCUCUUCGAGUGUUGAAAAAUAUUUCACGAGUGAGCGCAGCGAACGAGUGAAAUAUUUUCAACAAGAGAAGAGAAAUUUCGUAUCUCCAAGCGGCCAGGUAAUAUCCUCUCUAUAUAUAUCUUAUUGGACGGUUUAGUAUGUAGUAUCGUGGGAUAUUUUUACGAGUCAAAAUACAAGAGACGGGUAAAAAUAUCCCACGAUACUACACACUAAACCGUUCAAUAAGAGAUUUAUUAUUCAACUCGAGAUGUUUUAAAAUAGAACUCAGUAAAUAUACGUAAAACGAGAAUGCGCGACAGAUUAACGUGACUCCUUGCAACGUUGUUGCUGAUUGGUCUAAAAUAAAGGAUUGUCAAACUAGUUUACCCAGCAAAUCAAAUCUUGUCGGAUUUCUCGGGUUUUCUUCGGCGCUUCGGGGUGUUACCUUUCAAACAUUUGUUAGGAAAACAGAGAUGGAAUUACAAAUAAUUAUGAGGCUCAUGAUGGUCUUCCGGUUCUUAUGUAAAACCGACUGCAAGAAGGUAAACUGAGCAGAGCAAAUUGCGAUGGAAAGACUAAAAAUCUCCGACGAAAUGAAGGAGUUUUAAAAAGCCACUCGUAAACAACGGACUUGAACCUCAUCUUCGCCGGGCUUAGUACUAAAGUUAAUUCUUUAGAAAACGUCUAGAGUCUUCCAUAUCGAGUUUCCUCACAUUUUAAAAGGACUAGAAGUGAAGACUGUUAAGCUCCUCAGCGGGGAUUGUAUUUAAUCAACAUUGUUUGAGUCACGGAUUGUCACCGUCACCAUGCAUCUCAUGUACGCGUUCAGGUCUGUUGUUAUCUUCUCUGUUGUAUUUUGACCUUAUAUAAAUAUUUCUUUGUUCUAACUAUCUUUAAUAAAUGACGACAUUUCAUUGUUGAGGCAACUUUAUUCUAAAACCUCGGUUUUAUUCAACCCUACAAUUUCGGGAAACGAUGCAUUUUCUGCCAUGUGUGACGUUUGUAGAAAACCGGUCAAACCGGUCUUCUGGAGUACAAAUAAUUCUGUGAGAUAUUUGUACUCGUUUUGGAUGUUGUUUGUACUCUACUGAGUGAAGUUGAAUAAUAAACAAUGUUAUUUGUAUCAAGAAAAUGUUUUUUAGCUCAGUGGAAGAGCAUCUGGAGAGAAAGAACUAGAAGGUUAUAGUUUCCAUCACACCUGGACCGACUGAGAAAAAUAUUCUAAGAGUCACAUCUUUGUUUCUCUUUUUUUAAAUUUUACAGAAACGUGUUGCUGGUGUGUAUCAGCCUGGCUGUUGCUGGUAUUGGAGGAGGAAUUUCCCUUGCGCCAAUAAUGCCAGAUUUAAUAAGAACGGCCAGGUACGCGCUCUUUUGAGUCCUGAUAUAAAUAAGAUAAAUAAAUGUGUCUUUUUAUGUUUUAAAUAGGAUAAAUAUUUGGCUUGUAGACAAUUAGUUGGCAAUUAUUAUGACUAAGACAGACUUCGUACUAAUAGCGAGGAGAAGUGUGAAGUCACGUUACCAUGGUAGCAAAAUUUCUGGAUCACAACAACAGGGAGUCUUUCAACGGCGACGGCGAACGGCGAAAAAACAAUAGGUUUAGGGCCUGUUUACAUGGAGGUGGGGUACCCCAGAUAGGUGAGGUACCCGCUUAGGAGGGGUAGCCCGCCUGUCCAUAUAAUUUCUCAUUUGAAAGUGAUCAAGUUUACAUGUUAGGUGGGGUAACCCGCCCCAUGUUACCUCACCUACCUGGGGUCCCUCACCUUCAUGUAAACAGGUUCUUAGAUUGGCAAAAAAAAAAAAACUUUGCACGUGCAUCACCCUUUUUUGUACAUUCCUCAGCCGUUGUUGAACGACUGCGACAUGAAACUUUCAAAUUUCACGCGCCCGGUUUACGGAGUAGGUGAGCACAACACAAAAAUUUUCUUUUUCUUUUGCUAAACUUAGAUACGGUCCUUUUGGAUUUAACCCAGAAAAUUUCGCCAACUUUUGACAAAUUAAAUGAAAUUAAAUAAGAUCAAUGAAGUUUGAAACAGUAGUGUGAAUCCACUUUUUAUCUAACGUUUUGGUUUGUUGUCAUCCAGAAAUUUUGCUACCAUGACAACUUGACGUAACGACUUCUCCUCUCUACUGGCUUUAGAAAGAAAUGUCAAAAAUUAAGAAAGUUCCUAAUAUCACUAUCCAUGGGAUUCCUGUAUAGCAGGUUUCUUCAGCAAAGUCACCGGAUCUAACCAUAGAUAAAAAGCUAACUGGUGCGAGCACCACGGAAAUAAGCUAACAAUAACAGAGUUAAGAAUUAAUAUGAUCAAGGCAGAAUUAGUACUAACUGGCUUUAGACAAAAAUUGUCAAAUGUUCCUGAUCGAUAUCACCAUCAACUAUGACUGAGAUUCCUCCUGUUAAGCAGGUUUCUUCAGCAACGUCACUUGGGCUAACCAUUCAUUAAAAUCUAACUAGGCAAAACCAUAAUAAUAAUCUUUAACUCAUGACAAUUUGCAAAAUCGAGUUUGUUUUUCUCUGCACGUUGAAAGUGUACAUUUUAUUUCUAAAAUACAACUCUUAGACCAGAUUAGUGUGAACGUAACAUUCUCCACUAUGGUCUCCAAAUAUUUUCUUUUGUACGAAAGGAAACAUUUAUUUCUAAAUCAAUGUUUCUCUACCGUACUUCAGUAAUAACUGCUUGUUUACCUGAGUAAGAUAUGGCAAUAAAAAUUGUUCAUUCAUGUUGCUUUUAAUUUAUAGGAAAGGCGGAAUGCCUGACAAUUUAUCCUCAAAUGCGGCUCUAUCGAGUAUUUUUGGGAGCAUGUUUUAUUUAGGGUAAGUUUUGCAUUUUGUCAACACUGUGGGGUUUUUCAGUCAGUUUGACUUCGCAUUUUGCGUAAAUAUAGCACAUGUCUUGUAACAAAAUGGAAUUAUAUAGAUAGAUGGAUGGAUGGAUGAACGGACGGACGGACGGACGGACGGACGGAUGGAUGGAUCAUUCUGUGCAAAUAGCAAUAGCUAUAAAAUGUUAUACUGUACAAAACUUAAAAACUUGAUUACUGGAGCAUACUACAACAGUUAUCAGCUUUCUGUAAAGCCAAGUUGUGCCAGAUAAACCGUGUUAAAAAUAGUGUAUUCAAUCAGCAAACGUUGUGGUGCGGGAUAAGCAUACAAUUCUUAGCCCAUUUAUUGAACUAACCAACUAAUCGCAAACAAAAACAAUUGUUUACACUGCUUAGACACCAAAAAAUCAAACAAUCUGUAUACGUUUGAUCCGGCCAAAGUAAAUGAAUAAACAAAACCACUUAAAAUGACUGUCAAUCAUCAGAAAAAUACAACUGAAAUCGUUACGAAGAAAUGGAUUACAGGAUUUUAAUCGAUUGAAAUCGUAUGAACCAAAAAGAGAAGUGAAAAAAAAACGCUACAAAAGCAAUGAAAUGUCAUAAAUCACUCCUCCGGCAGGAGGACGUCGUUUGUCAGGGGUAUGCCAUGCACAAUGGACCUUCUCAACCGCACUUUGACGGUGGUGUCUUCUUGCAAAGUCCUCUUACUUAAGCUCCUUAUAGAGUACUAAAGUGAUGACGUCAUAAAAAUUAAAUUUGUGAAACUAUGGGAUUCGUCGCGAUAUUCUGAAAGACAAACAUCCAAGAGGCCUACUUGCCAAAAACUAGCAUUGUGGGGCAAAUUGUCUCUGAGAUAUUAGCCCAGUUAUGCUCUGAUGACUCCAUACAAAUCCUUCUAAAUUUCCUGAAAUUUGACUUGGGUCUAAACGUUAUGAAAAACUGAAAAAGAAUAAGCUAUGAAGAGGUGUUUUUAGUUUCCUGACCUGUUUUCAAUUUAAGCCAACACGUUGCUUUUUCAAGGUUAUCCAAGUCUUCAAGAUGUUUUCUUGUUCAUUUGUUAUUCACAGAGCCACUAUUGGGCCAAGUAUUGCCGGAGUUACUGACGAACACUUAGGUUUCCAAUGGUCAACAAGUGUAAGUUACAUUUUAACCAGUAAAUCUCGCUCGUCUCUCUUGCAUUCAAAGCCCAAAGGCGAAUGCGUGUGAUUUGCUGCAGUGAUCAAGGAUCUACCGUUAUUUGCCGAUGUUGAAGGCCACAGUUAAAAGCUAUCUAUCCUGAUAACAUGCUACCCAGCUACAGUGGAACUUCGAUUUAACUAAGGGCCAAGGGACUGACCAAAUACGUUCGCUAAAACGAGGUUUGUUAUAAGGAAGUUCUUUACCAUAUAUUUUACUAUUUGGGGCAGAGAAUAUCGCAAGUUAUAUCGAAGACUUCAUUGUAUAGAGGUUCGUUAAAUGGAGGUUCCACUGCCACGAUUAGCUUGCGAUAUUAACAAUUACCAAAAGAUAAAGUUACGUAACUCGAGGGAAGUAAAUAAUAUGAACAAGUAAGUGUCUAGCUAAAGAUAGCAACAAAAUAUAGAUAGCCGCAUAAAGAAAACAACUUUCUUUUCAUAUUUCUACUUUAUGUCCCUCAUCUUCAGUGUUACAUAUUGUGAGAUCGCUGUUGAGUCAGAAUCCAUGUUGAUAACAUGAAAAACCGACUCUCUCCCUGCAAGUAGUUUAGCGUUAUGAAUUUAGACGUUUAACUACUCAAUAUUGUCAACGCAAUGUAACCAAUGUUACAUCGCGCGCAAUUUAAAUUCGCGUGCGAACUCACAAUAGAGGCCUUAAGAUUCUAGGGCGAGAACGACUGCGACCACGGGAUUUAACUAAAAGUUUUUUCACGUAUCCACAAAAAGUAGACACCCCGGAAAGCUUCACUGUACUUUUUUUCAUUAAAAACGAUAGCAGUGUUAUCUAGUAUAUUGAAGGAGGUUAAGCCCAGUCUCGGUCGCAAAAUGAUAAAAUGUUUCCUGACUUGAACUCGUUUGCGCCAUUACGACAUUCUCGCUAAAACUCAUAGUAGAAUGACGAUGGUUCACGCGCGCGCACUAACGGCUUAGUAUUGAGAAAUCUCGUACUCGUACUCGUCUCAGAAUCUAAAGGUCUCUAAUAUAACAAUGAAGAUGACGGAUGUGCCCUCGAAACAAUACACCUCUUUAGUUUGUAUGUUCUGUUUUCCCAAUACAGGUCGUGUGAUAAUACUCUAGGGAAGCAUAUCUACGCAUAAUGUAUGAAAAGAAAAUGGCUCAAGUUCCCCUAGGACCUCUAUUCGGAAAACAAAACAUACAAGCUAAAGAGGUUUUUUUUUUCAGUAAAUUUGAAAAUUUGUUUUGGUUAUGCGGCUAUCAACAUGUAAGUGCUAGAAUAUGAAAUAUCCUCACGGCAUACCAGAAUAUCAAAUGUAUUUUCAUUAUUUUUAUUUGUCUUUAUUUCUUCUCUUUUUUUUUUCUUUUAUAGAUCGCGGGCUUUAUCUGUGUUGGUCACGUAAGUAAUUCAUAUUUUACCUUAUUAGUUCAAUGUUUUUUGUUUUGUUUUUUUUGUUUUUUUUUUCUGUACACUUAUGAAUAAUUUAAUAAAUUACAAAUCAACAGAUUCCUUUGAGAAUAAAAAAAUGACGAAAUAAAUUUAUUCUUUUCCCUCAUUUUGAAAUCACUGGUGAUCCUUGCAAUCUGAUUGGCUCUCAGCAGUAUGAUUUAUUGACGAAUCACCAUUAUUUUUUCCUGUAAAUCAAAGAUGUUCUAAAUCACGUCAUUUCUGUUUUAAAUUGCACAAUUUUCGCUCAAUAUCGCAUCAUUUCAAUUAAAAAAUGAGAUGUAAAAGCCUCCUUGUUCUAGCUUUUCAACAAACAUCUAAUAUAUUUGCUUCUUAAUUCUUUUCAGGCGCUGCUGUUGCUAAUAUUUACGGUGUUUAAGCCUAUCUCUGACUGGUUAGUAAAUAAUUACAAAUCAUUUGUGUGGGAGACUAGUAGAAAGUCGAGGUUUCUUACAGAUUUAUUAAAUUAGUUUUACAGAUAUCAAUCGGUGAGAACAUGCAGUAGGCAAGGGACAGACCACUAGUAAACGUUCGAAAUACUUGUUCAACUUUUUAGACUGUAAUAGACCUUUUAAGGGCAAGUUUACAUGGAGUGGGGGACCCGGUCUAGUGGGGUUGGUUUCUUUUGUUUUCACGCUCUGGGGAACACAAAACAAAAGAAACUUACCCCACUAGACCGGGGUCCCCCACUCCAUGUAAACAGGGUCUUAGUUUGCAUGUUUUGCUUUCCCAAUUCAGACCACAUCAAUCAAUCAAUCAAUCAAAACAUUUAUUUCACUACUGUAAACACACACAACAAAAGCUGAUUUCCUGGUGGGGCGUAGGCAAACUCGCAUUACAAACAAAUAGAAGCAGUAUAAGUGGUUCUCAUGCAAUCUCGGGAGACACAAAUAGCAAUGGUGAAAUGAACAAAUGCUGGUGGACAAACAAGGGGGGGGGGGGUAAUGAGCGAUCUAUUGUUUACCGUCCACCAGCAUGGCGGCGAUGACGUAACGUGAAAACCACCUAUAGUGUUUACAAAAGUUACAAAGUUUCAGAGAAAAACUAAUUACGCAAAAAUGUAUCUAUACAAUAUAGCAAGUUUUGAUGUUCUCCAGGGAAUUUGUACUUUAAUCUUUUUACAAAUUAUGCAAAAAAACUCAUAAUUUUGUUCUUGGGCUAUCUUGGCUUAAUCAAAAUAAAACACAAACAGCGGUGAUAACAUGUGAUAAACGUUCUUAGCUUUCGUAUUUUUGUAUGAACAUGACGCUUCAGUAUGCUAGUUAACACACACGUGGCCCAAGCGUAAUGUAUGUUUGUAUGGGAAAUAAAGAGUUUGUAUGGGAAAUGAAACUUAGAUGAAAUAAAUGAACUAAAAGCGAUAAAAGUUAUCAAUAAAGUGUAAAUAUUGUUAUCUGGUGUCGUUGUCUUUGUUUUUACGAAGUUUCAGCGCGAUUUUGAGUGUUUUUAUUAUUACACUGUCAGGUCAAAUGAUGUAAAAGUACUCAAAUCGCACUGAAACUUCGUAAAAACAAAGACGACGACACCAAGUAACAAUAUUUACCCUUUACUGAUUGCUUUUAUGGCUUUUAGUUCAUUUAUUUCAUCAAAGUUUCAUUUCCCAUACAAACUCUUUAUUUCCCAUACAAAUUAAACUCUCAUAUUACGCUUGGGCCACCUGUGGUCAACAUACAUUUUCAAAACUGAUCUAAAGUGACCGUUACAGAUUAUUGCGAGACU